AAAGAUAAUAUGCAUUUUACAGGUGGUGCUAGUAGCUGUUGCUCUUUUUGUUGGCGGGUAUUUUCGAGGUGUUGAAGUUGGAAAAAAGAAAAGUCUCAAAGAUAAAAAUACUGACUUACCCUAUUCUGAAAAACUAACAUGGAUGAAUUGGCACAAAGAAAAAUGUAUUUCUCCAAAGUAUCAGUGUCCUCAAGAUUUUCAGGAAGCUCCUCUGUUAUUGAUAUCUCUAGAUGGCUUUCGACCGGAUUACCUCAAACGUAAUAUUACUCCCAAUAUCAAUCACUUGGCAGAAUGUGGUAUCUUGGCUCCGUACAUGCGUCCCGUGUUUCCAACAAAGACAUUCCCCAACCAUUACAGCAUAGUAACAGGUCUCUACCCCGAGUCUCACGGAAUUGUAGGAAACAAGUUCUAUGAUCCUAACUUGCAUCAGUUGUUCAGACUUGGUAGUUCACAAUCUUCAAACCCUGAGUGGUGGCUUGGAGAACCGAUCUGGGUCACUGCUGAGAAACAAGGGAAGAAAAGUGCAACUUUUUUUUGGCCUGGUUCAGACGUGAAGAUCAAGGGAGUGCGACCAACUUAUUUCCGUACCUACAACUAUUUGGUGGAUGAAGCAUUGAAGAGAGUAGAUGUCAUGAUUGGUCAGUUGAUGAAAGGGCUGCAGGAUCGAGAUCUACUGAAUUGCAUCAAUAUUCUCCUUCUUUCUGAUCAUGGAAUGGCUGAGACCAGUUGUGAUCGUGUCAUUGUUCUUGACCAGCAUUUUGAUAUUUCUGAGGCACAUGUGGCAACAGGAGCCAUUGGACGUAUAAAUCCAAGAGAUAAGGACAAUGAAACUGCCAUUCAAGAAAUAAUUGAUAGUUUGAAGUGCAAGGAACAACAUGCUCUUGUUUAUCAUAAAAAUGAACUUCCCAUUCGAUAUCAUUACACCAAUAGUCCACGGAUUGAACCUAUAAUCAUGGACGUGGAUUCUGGCUGGCUUGUUUUGAAGUAUCCCAUUAAAGGUAAUGAGAAAUACUGUAAUGGGGGUACUCAUGGCUAUGACAACAUGGCUCCAAGUAUGGACACUUUGUUCAUUGCACAUGGACCAGCAUUUAAUCGAAAUGCCAGUGCCACACCAUUCCUCAAUCUAGAAGUUUAUGAACUUAUGGCUGAACUCAUUAAUAUAACAGCUGCCCCAAACAAUGGCACGAGAGGGAGUUUACACUACAUGUUACACAAUCCUCUACCCCUUCCGAAUGUUGAGCCUUCCAGUGAGGUACAAGUGUGUGAAGCAAACUUUGACAAAGAAGAAGUGACGAGGAAAAGGCUAGCUGCUAACUGUUCGUGUACUCGGAAUCUGGAAGGCAACGUGAAUGAAUUAUUCAACUUAAGUAAAAUGGAGGAUUCCCACAGCACCUCACUACACACACCCUGGGGACGUCCAUACAGUCAUGUAGAUAAGAUGUAUGCGUGUAACAUUAUUAAUAAAGAUUACGUAACACAGUUUCACCACUUGUGGAGACUUCCAGCGUGGGUGUCAUUUACAUUAAAAAAUAAAACUAAUAGCAGUAACCAGAACUUGGACAAUGCAUCAGUUCCUUGCUGGCACGUGGACUUACGGAUGCCAUUAGAUGGUUCUCCACGAUGUUUCAGCUUCCAAGAUUCAGAAAUAAGAUCGACACCUUUGUUUCCAUCAGAGUUUUCUUCUUCUAACGAAACUCUGGCAGGAUCUUGGCUGCUGACCAAUUCUGUCCCCAUGUAUAAGAAUUUUGAAUUACUCUGGCAAGAACUUAAGCUUCAGCUGAGAAAUUGGGCCCAAAAAUAUGAUUCAGUUAAUGUUGUAAUAGGUCCAGUAUUUAAUUUCCAACACACUGGAGUUAGACUACCAAAUGAAGAAAUUCUGUUAUCUAGAGGUGACAGUCCUGUUCCAAUUCCUACUCAUUAUUUCGUGGUUGUCACUCGCUGCUUGAUAAAAGGGAGAUCUCUGGAACUUUGUUUACCAACACAUCUUGAUGUUGAAUCAUUUAUUCUUCCCCACAUUCUUCUUGCUGAUAUUUGCAUGAGUAAGACUCAUCUUCUUGUUCAACAUUCUUCAUCUGUUACUGAUGUAGAACAACUAACUGGCUUGACAUUCUAUCCUGAUCUUUCCACUUACGAUUCUAUUAGACUUCGCACCAUCCUUCCCAAGGGACUGUGGAAAGUUUAGAACGGUGUAAUCUUCAAAAAUGAUAAAAUGUUUGAUUUGAGAAAAUCGGAUUACUUGUUAUAUAGAAUAUAAGAACCUAGCUUCAAGUUCUACUUGAAUUCAAUCUUACUCUCCUGUUACAGGAAGCCAGAAUAUUACUUGAAACUUGUGUUAUUAAAGAUCAAAUCCAA